GUGCAUACUUAAAGAGGAAAUAUGAUUUUAAUAAAUUAUUCUACGUUUCUCUAGUAAACUUUAUUCUAAACGGGAGCUCAGCUGCGCUAUUAAACAGCCCCGAUGUGUAAUUUAACAGCUGGCAACGGCUGAAGUAUAAAAACAAAACCAGCUGUUAUUUAACAGCAGUAACAGCUUACAGUAAUCGAUGCUAAUUUGCAAUCGACUCGUGGUGACUGCCGAUUCAUUAACGUUAUCAACCGGCCACCACAAAAAGAAACAUAAACAAUAUAUUAAAAUGGCAAGAAAUGCAGAGAAGGCAAUGACAACUUUGGCGCGUUGGCGAGCCGCCAAAGAAGUCGAAUCAGGUGAAAAGGAGCGCCGGCCUUACCUGGCCUCGGAGUGCCACGAACUGCCAAAAUGUGAGAAAUUUCGUCUGGAGAUUAUACGGGAAAUAUCCAAGAAAGUAGCACAAAUACAAAAUGCUGGUUUGGGUGAAUUCCGAAUUCGCGAUCUCAACGAUGAGAUUAACAAGCUGCUGCGCGAGAAGCGCCAUUGGGAGAAUCAGAUAUCAUCGCUAGGCGGUCCUCACUAUCGUCGCUAUGGUCCAAAAAUGUUCGACGCCGAGGGCCGCGAGGUGCCGGGCAAUCGUGGCUACAAGUACUUUGGAGCCGCUAAGGAUUUGCCUGGCGUGCGCGAACUUUUUGAACAGGAUCCACCGCCACCGCCGCGUAAAACUCGUGCCGAGCUCAUGAAAGACAUUGAUGCCGAAUACUAUGGCUAUCGCGACGACGAGGACGGCGUACUAAUACCGCUGGAGGAGAAGAUUGAGCGGAUCGCUCUGCAGAAAGCAGUGCAGGAGUGGCGUGAGAAAAUGGCGCGCGAUGGUCGUAUCAUUGAUGACGAGGAGGACGACGAUGAAAUCUAUCCGCUCUCUGGACCGGCACGGGAAGCCGCCGAAGAUGCCAAAACACGCGCAGCCGAAAAUGAUCCACUCGGACUGCUCGCACCGCGCUUCACUGCCCAUGUGCCUGUGCCCACGCAGCAGGAUGUGCAAGAGGCGCUGCUGCGAAAGCGUAAACAGGAACUACUGCAAAAAUACACAGGAGUCGCAAAUUAAAAACAUUUACAUUACAUC